AGGAUUUAGAUUGUUCGAAUUGAUGAUUAAAAUAAUCAAAGUCCACAUUUAGGUCUCUCCUAAGAAUCAAGCAAAGACCACAUGCGGGCAGGAAAAAUUAAUCACUAAGCAAUCUAAGCAAAACCUGAUGGUUUGAUUUACAAAGUCAACACAUUUGAAGACAACGCACGUGGGCAAGCAGUGAGAGAGAGCUGGCAUUUAUAGAACUCUCUGAAUCUUCUCUCUCAAUUGAUCUUCUCCAUUGAUGCUCUCACUGCGUUUUUGUGUUUCUCUUUUUCUUUCUCUGGAACAACUCCAUAAAAAGUUUCUGAAAUAAUUUAUAUUUCCUCCUUCUACGCUUAUCAGUUAAUUAGCUUCCAAUUUCAGUCUUCUUUCUAUAUACAUCCCUUUAGUGUGUCAAUUAUUCUUUUUUAUAUCAUUAAUUUCUUCACUAGACCAUCCCUUUCUUUGCUGUAUAUCUUGCCUUUUAAGUACUCUUUUCUCUUCUCUCUCUCUUUCUCUUUGAGCAACUCCACUUUCAUUCAUGAGAGCAUGCCUGAAUGUCCAGAGAAAGGGAGAGAUUUGAUGAGAUAGGAAAGAAGAUCAAAAGAGAAGCAGAUGCUUCUUCUCUUAUGAGAAGAAGACACAUGCUGGGCCCUCCUGGAACCCUAAAUACUAUUACCCCAUGUGCAGCCUGUAAACUCUUAAGACGUAGGUGUGCACAAGAAUGCCCUUUUUCACCAUAUUUCUCCCCUCAUGAACCUCAAAAGUUUGCUUCUGUUCACAAAAUCUUCGGCGCCAGCAACGUCUCCAAAAUGCUCAUGGAGGUGCCGGAGAGCCAAAGAGCGGAUGCUGCAAAUAGCCUUGUUUAUGAGGCGAAUGUAAGGCUAAGAGAUCCAGUUUAUGGGUGCAUGGGUGCAAUUUCAGCUCUGCAACAACAAAUUCAAUCGUUGCAGGCGGAGCUCAAUGCUGUAAGGGGUGAGAUAUUGAAAUACAAAUAUAGAGAAGCUAAUAUUAUGCCAUCAUCUCACGUUGCCUUGCUCUCUUCUGGAACUGUUUCUAUUGCUGCUCCACCACCACCACCAUCAUCAGCUCCAUCUCCACCACCACCUCCACCGCCACCUCCUCCUUCUCUUCAUUCUGCUUCCUGCACUUCUCCUUCCGUGUACGGACAACCAUCUAAUGUUGCAGAUUAUAACUCCAUUUCAAGUGAAAACGUUUCCUACUUUGGUUAAAUUAAAAUAUUCCUAGAUUAAGAAAUCUAUCCCAUGUAUUUUUCUAUAUAAUGAAAAAAAAAAGGAAUAAAAUGAGGAAGAGUAUACCAUUAUUAUUGGCUUA